AGUAGAGGUGCUCAUGUCAUCCAAUGUUGGUUCGCAGCUCGAUGAUAUUGCUAAAUACAUUGAUCGCUUGAAAGAACAGAAGCGAAAUACCGAAAAAUGCAUACAAGAUCUUGAGAAGGAUCGCACGACGGUUGAAGAGAGAAUUGAAGAAUUGAGAAGGCGGAAGGAUGAAUUGGAUGACAGGCUCAGAUUGGAAAAUGAACGAUUACAGCGACAGGAGCGUACAAUACAUCAGGGAGAGGUUACUUAUGCGAAGACACUCGUCGUCAGUAAUAUCCUCAUUGCCUUACAUUAUGUACACAUCAUUUACGUAUCUAUAGUACUGCUUUAACUCAUUUAUGAACCCGAACUCACUUCCGUAUAUGCUCACAUUUGAUUCUCAUAAUCAGUCUCUAACUCAUAUGCAUCUCACUUGUAACGUUCAACGUGUAUUCCAAUUGCGCCUAUCUU